AUUUCAAUAACACGCUCACUACCGAUCAAGAACCAAUACCAAGAAUCGCUCCGCACAUUUACUAUAGCUGCAAAACUCACAUUCUAUGCACUCAACCCCCCGGCGACAACUUUCAGCCAACACGAAUAUUGAACAAUCUCAAAAACAACGACGACAACGCAACAGCACUCACCACCGUACUAUUACACAGACCGUGCACCCAACCAUGUCCGAUUACACAUUCACCCUUCCGGAUGAAGAGCGCCGUCUCCCCAACAACCACCAUGGCCGCCGGGAGGUCCAUGGCCAUGAGAGUCAUGCGUUCUCUGCUGAGGAGCUGACCAUGAGGCUCCAGAAGUUGGAGCAAGAACAGGAGCGAUACCAUCACCAACACCACGAGUCCCAUCACUCUCGACUCCAUGGCCCUGUGGUGCAGAUCGAUGCCGACCUUCAUAAGCGUACCCAGGAAACACUCCAUGAAAUUUUGGAGCGACUGGAGCGACGAAAGCACGAGAACAGCUUUCUGCAGAACGACGCGAGCGUGGUCCCGGGAAUGGAGGAUAACGGCACAGGACGGCUGAGACACGCGCAGAGAUUGAACCCGAACGUGCUGAAGGAGGUCAGAUCACAUUCGCAUAGCUUGCGACAGAGCCAUGGCAAUGCCAAUCUACGGCAUAGCUGACAGGAAGAGUAAAGAGCAGGACACUUGAACGGACAAGAAGAAAAGAAAAAAAAAGUUAGCACUGUCGACAACAAACCGCCAAGACAAAAAAAAAUCAAAGCCGACAUCGACAAGCAUGCGCAUUUUUUCGACCGAAUCAUCGACACCACGCAUAUACGCUGGAAAAGGAUGCUUCGCGCUGCGCCUUCCCAUCAUAGUAGGAGUCAUGAGUAUCCGACUGAGCCAGGAUCGACAAAUCGAUACCUGUCCGAAUGGCUAUUUUUUUUACCGACUCUGAAAACCGAAAGGAGCAUCGGCCAGGACAAGGAGAUCAUCUACAGCGAACAUGGAGUAAAUAUUUCUCUUCCAUUACACGCCCAUUAUCCAUUCCCCUUCUCCCUUCACCCUUCGCCGAUCCCGCAAGCGUACAUAGCAUCUGUCCCGACUCCAUUUCUCUCUCUCCCUCUGCACUUUUGGGAGCGAUUGAGGACUCAAAGAAUCUGAAUUUGAAUAAAAAAG